AUGGCCGCCACCACGAUGAGCCACGUGUUCGACUACGAGAACGAGCUGAACGACAAUCUGUACAACCUGAAGAUGUCGGGGAGGAGCGCGGCCGGCAGCAAACGGGUACGCCGCGUUCUGAAGCCGAUACUCAGGCUGCUGAAGAAGAGGACCAACCGAGGGAAACAGCAUGCCAAGGGCCAGAAGGCCGUGCCGCAGGCGGAGAUCUUCACCGAGGAGGUGGACAAUCAGAACAACGCGAACGAGGCGUUGGAGAGGAGGCUGCUGGCGGAGCUCCAGGACGCGGAGGAAGGAGCUGCCAUCACCGUCUGCCUCGACGGUCAGAUGACGGUGGUGCCGGUCGUGCCCGGUCAGUGCUACGUGCCCGUUCAUUUCGCGCACACACACGCCGGUGACUUCUACUGGACGACGCUGAGCAUGGCCGACAGUGACCUGUGCUACAAGGAGCGAGCCUUCUCGCAGCACCAAACGCCCGAGAUGCAGACCGCGUGA